AGUCUUCGUUGUCGAUUUAGCCAAAAUGGUGGGUAAACAUAUGCACAAGAAAAAAAUGUCCGAAUAUACGGAAAAUGAGGACUACAAAAGUGAUGCGGACGGUGGCGAUGAUGAUGUGGGAGAUAAAGAGUACCGGGUCAGUGGCAGCGAUGGCUCGGAAAAUGGCGAUGCAGCCAAAAAUGAUGUUGGUGGUAAAACGAAUGAACGCGAUGACGACGAAGAGACUACACUGGGCGAAGAUGAUGAUCUUGCCCAGGGUUUGAACAGUUAUUCACAUGGCGAUGGAGAUGAUGGUGGCAGCCCGGCCGAGGACAACGAUGAUGAUGAGGAUUAUGGUGCCGAUAGCGCCAAAAAGUCCAAGAAACGUAAAACCGCUGGUGCCAAAAAAUCACUGGACACCAAUGAAAGUGAUGAUGAGGCGCUAAAUGGUGUUUCGCCGAAAAAGAAGGGACGCAAAUCCGGCAAAGCUGGUGGUGCUGCUGCUAAAACUCCGGCCAAAGGAAAAGCUAAGGCGAAGAAGGCUGCACCCGUUGAUGACGAAGAGGAAGAUGAUGGUGGCGAGGAGGAGGAAUAUGAAGUCAAAGAUAUUGUUGGACACAAAACAGAACGUGGUGUUUCAUAUUUCCUGAUAAGAUGGAAGGGCUACACCAAGGCCGAUGAUACUUGGGAAGCUGAAGAUAGUCUUAAUUGUCCGGAUAUAAUCGAGAAGUAUAAGAAAAAGCAAGCUGCUGCCACCUCACCGAAAAAAGGUGCUACGCCCGCCUCGAAGAAAGGUAAAAAAGAUGAUGACGAGGAACAAGAAUGGGAAGUCGAGAAAAUUAUCGAUUAUGCCGAAGAGAAAAAGGGCCGCGUAUUCCGUAUACGCUGGAAAGGUUUCGGUCCCAAACAUGACACCUGGGAGCCAGAAGCAAAUCUUAAUUGCAAAGACAUUAUCGAUAAAUUUAUGAAACGUAUGAAAUCCGAAGAGAAUGUCUCCUUUAAAGAGCUACGUGAAGAACCGAAAAAGACUAAACGUUUGGUAAAUGAGACAGCACCACGUACCAAUAUACACAAUCCGAUUGGGCGUAAAUCGAAACGUGGUGGCAACAAGCAAAGAGUUUACUAUGGCGAGGAUGAUUAAACACAU